GGCCUCUGGUGUUAAAGUGCGGGAGAGUGUAUCAAGGAAAGAAGCUGAUGGCAUGGUAAAAUGUUCCAGUCGGAGCUCCUCGACUCGCCAGUUCCUUUUCCUUUCUUUUUUUUUCUUUCUCUCUCCCUCUUCCCUUUGCAGUAUUUCCCUUACCCCACCUCUUAACUGUUUUUAACUUCAACUAUUUUAACUGCAACCUGAAGAAAGGAGUCACCUCCUGUGACCGGGCAGGAGCUGAGCAUGCAGGUUGUGUCCUGCAGCGGCAGCAGAGCGCCGGUCGGUGUGAUGUUGGCGGAUCGGAUGUGGGUCAGACCGGCCGAGAGACCGUGCACCUGGGGCAUUGUGGGGGCCUAGUCCUGGAGUAAUGGGUGGCUGAGAGAGCUCUUCGGCGGGGAGGCGUCUUCGAUGGGCUCUGGAGCGGCGGCGACUGAGUCGGUUGGUUGGCAUGGAGUGGGGCUCUCAUUUUCCACAUGGAAUAGGCCCCCGACAGCGGCAUGGUAUGGACUAUUGUAGCCUGGAGCUGGACACUCAGCAGCAUAGCGUGGGCUGGCGGUGGUGUAGCAGCGAGGAAGGAAAGUUGGACUCUCCAAGUUAUCUUUCUUUAUUCUGUGAAUGGCACUUAUGUACGAGCGAUGGUGCAUACUUUUCACUGCAUUUUAUUUUGAAUGUACGUGACAAUAAAGGCUAUUCAAUUCAAUAUUAAGACUGGAAUUCACCUUGUGUGCAAGUUUGGAUACAAACCAGUAUAGGAAACUGAAGGCAUGGGGCAACAUUCAAUGAUGGAAAGCAGGUUCUCAUGCUCCAGCUUCUAGAAAGAUAAGCUUACAUCAUGUCAAAGGAAAUAGAAGUGAAUACUGGAACAUCAAAGCCAGAGAAGGAACACCUGUUUUGUGAAGACUGUCAGGAGUUCUUUGUUGAUACAUGCCCUGUACAUGCAUCUCCAUUGUUUAUCAAAGAUUGUCCUGUGGCCCAUGGAAUACCUUAUCGGACAUUAUAUUCACUUCCAUAUGGACUGGCAUUGGGCCCUUCUGAGGAUCCCAACCAAGGGCUAGGGGUUUGGUGCACCAUGAAGACAAUACCUAAAGGAGUUGUCUUUGGUCCUAUGCGAGGAGGCAUUUUUGAUAAUGAAUCUAAAGGAUCUGCUCUGCAUUCUUGGCUAAGAUGCCACUUUGUGUCAAAAUGUAAGACUAUGGAGUCUGAAUCAAACUGGAUGAGGUAUGCCAACUCUGCAAGGAAUAGGACUGAGCAAAAUGCAGUUCCCUUCUUGUACAAAGAUCUGGUGUACUUCCGUGUAUGCAAAUCUAUAGAGCCAGGAUCAGCAUUGCUAGUGUGGUUUGGUGAUGUUGGUCAAAAUGAGGCCUCGGAUAGUGCACUGAAGACCAGAGAUUCCAAGGUGGAGAGUGAUCUGAAUGUUGUCGUGAUGGACGUCGGUGAAGAGGAUCGGGAGAUGGAGAAGGAGAUUGCCCUUGCACAUGAAGGUGGGACUGUGACGAGCCCAGGGACAGAUUCACAGCCACAGGGUGGUACGAAGGAGUACAAGUGUGGACAGUGCGCUUACAGCACGAGCCGCCGGGGUCAUUUCUUCGACCACUGCCAGACCCACACCUCAAUACGGCCCUUCACAUGCGAGCUCUGUGGCAAGUCCUUCAAGCGGCUCCAACACCUCAAGCUACACGUGGACUACCACCGAAAUGAGCGGCCCCACAAAUGUGCAGAGUGUGGGAAGGCCUUUGUGCAACCAGGGGAUCUCCGCAUCCAUGAACGCAUCCACAGUGGGGAGAAGCCCCACUCAUGCAUGGUCUGUGCGAAGCGUUUUGCCCAGAUUGCCAACCUUCGGGCACACCAGAAGAUCCACCUGAAAGGAAAAACCCACGUAUGUGUGAUGUGCAACAAGUCGUACAAACGACCCUCUGGCCUCCAGCUCCACCUCCAGACACACCAAGGACUUGAGAGCCUGGAAUGCCCUGAAUGUGGCAAGCAGUUCAAAGGCAGUGGCGAGCUGCACAGACACUUGCGAGUUCACACUGGUGAAAGGCCCUAUCAGUGCCCAGACUGCAGUAAAUCAUUCACACGGGCAGCAUACCUGGACACCCACCGCUAUACACACACAGGGGUCAAGCAGUACUUGUGCAGUGAAUGUGGUAAGGGCUUCAAUGACUUUGCCUGUUUCCAGGCACACCUGAGGGCUCACAGGGGCGAGAAGCCUUAUUCCUGCAGUUACUGCAAUAAGGGCUUCACCCUGCUGAAGGAGAUGAAGAAACAUCAGCGAAUUCAUACUGGAGAGAGGCCCUUUGCUUGCAGCAAAUGUGGCAAGACCUUCCGGGUCUCUCAGCACCUGAGAAAGCACCUCAAUGUCCACAGGAAGAGAGAUGCCAAAAUACAGCUAUGCUCAGAGAUAGAGCUUAGUGUACAAGAGACCUAGUAUAAAUCCAGAGACAUUUUAACCAUUCUCCUUCUACCUAAACUACCCAGAAUCUUGUGACCCCAAAGCAUGGUUUUGUGAGUCUGCAGCUGAGAAAGGAUGUAGCUGAGUUGUUCCCAGAAGCUAUCUGUAAUCCAUUAUGACAUGGAAGUAGUCAUGUUUCAUUUCAGGACCGGUGUCUGGGAGACACGCUGUCAUAUAUAUCCAUCUACAAUCCCACACAGCUUACUGUCAGCCCAGAGGAAAAUGUAGCAUUAACUGAUAUUUGUGCACUUAGCUUUCAACUUAGAAUUAUUAAAUUGUGAUGCAUGAAUGGCAUAUAAAGAAUUUUUUUUAAAAACUAAGUGAGAUUUUAAUUUUGAAGCUUUCACUUUCAAAAUUCUUCAGAAUUCUCUUCUGUGUCUCCUGCCCUCCUCACUAGCCACUGUAGACCCUCCACUGAACCAUUGCUUCAUCUCGUUGAGGCUGGACAUCUCCAUGCUAUGUGAUUUUAUUGUUUGUCUUCUUCUGAAGAAUGUAAAUGGGACAUUUGCUGAACUCCACAAAUCAACCCAACAUCUUCUGAAGUUACCAUCCACAAAUAAUGGGUUUGGAGAGUGUUAUGUUAGAAUGAGGUGUUUGUUGCCCAGCAGCCACUGUGAUUCCAGAGACAUUAGUGUAAGAGACUGUCGGUUUAACUUCUCCUGAUGUAAGGUGUGAAGUGUAAUAACUCGUGGCAUUAAAUUUGCUAGAACUGGCAAAAACAAA